AUGUCAGACACCGAAGAGCAGGAAUAUGAGGAGGAGCAGCCAGAAGAAGAGGAGGCUGCGGAGGAGGAGGAAGCUCCCGAAGAGCCGGAGCCGGUGGCAGAGCGAGAAGAGGAGCGCCCCAGACCAAGCCGUCCAAUGGUGCCUCCUUUGAUACCCCCUAAGAUCCCAGAAGGGGAGCGUGUGGACUUCGAUGACAUCCACCGGAAGCGCAUGGAGAAGGACCUGCUGGAGCUGCAGACGCUCAUCGACGUGCAUUUCGAGCAGCGGAAGAAGGAGGAAGAGGAGCUGAUUGCACUGAAAGACCGCAUUGAGAGGCGCCGGGCUGAGAGAGCUGAGCAACAGCGCUUCCGGACGGAGAAGGAACGGGAGAGGCAGGCAAAGCUGGCGGAGGAGAAGAUGAGGAAGGAAGAGGAAGAGGCCAAGAAGCGGGCAGAGGAUGAUGCCAAAAAGAAGAAGGUUCUGUCCAACAUGGGGGCCCAUUUUGGAGGUUAUCUGGUCAAGGCAGAACAGAAACGUGGUAAACGGCAGACAGGGCGGGAGAUGAAACUUCGAAUCUUGUCUGAGCGCAAGAAGCCUCUGGAAAUCGACUACAUGGGGGAGGAACAGCUUCGGCAGAAGGCCGAGGAGCUGUCAGACUGGAUCCACCAACUGGAGUCCGAGAAGUUUGACUUGAUGGCAAAGCUGAAGCAGCAGAAAUAUGAGAUCAACGUGCUGUACAACCGCAUCAGCCACGCCCAGAAGUUCCGAAAGGGGGCAGGGAAGGGCCGAGUUGGAGGCCGCUGGAAGUGAGCCUGACAGGGCAGUGGCCCACCUUGAGGCACCUUGGACUGUUUGUUCUAUCUGAAGGCUUGAAAUAAAUGCUCCUUCCUGCAGAUACC